GGGCCGCCUCCCCGCUCCCGGAACGCGGCUCCGGAGCCGCUUUCAGGCUGCAAGCCCGGGCCCGCAAUCGGGGCCACGCGGAGAGCGCACGUGCGGGUGUUCCCUCCGGCCGCAGCCCGUUUCCGGCGCAGCCCUGGGCGCAGGGAGCGGAGGCGAGGCCAGGCCUGGGAGGGCGCCUCAAACCAGGGCCCCGCCCGGGCCGCCUGCCGCUCGCUUUCGUUUCCCGGCGGCGCCCCCCGCCCGCGCCGAGGUUUCGUUUCCCAGCGCCGAGAGGGGGCGCCGGGCCAGGCCGCGCCCAUGGCCUUCGCCCGCCGCCCGCGCGCCCCGCGGCUGCUCGGGCGCCUCUUGGGGCCGCGGCGAGGGGCCUGCGCACGGACCAUGGCGUCGCCGCGCUGCUUCGCCCUGGAGCUCCCCGGCUGCACCUUGGCGCACUUCGCCGUGGGCCACGACGCCGCCGCCGCGCCCCUCGAGCCGCGCGCGGCCGCGCUCCUGGGUCCCCCCGGCCGCAGCUACUCGCUGUGCGUGCCGCUGGCGCCCGGCGCGGGCUGCGCGGCGCGGGUGCGGGCGGCCCGGCUGCACCAGCGCCUACGGGACCAGCUGCGCCGCGGCCCCCUCCAGCGGUGCCAGCUGCGCCGGCUGCUGUGCUACUGCCCGGGCGGCGGGGCGGGCGGCGUGCAGCCAGGCUUCCUGCUCCACGAUCCCCGCGACAGUCCCGACACCCGGGGCGCGCUGCUGGCGCUGCUGGGCACGUACCGAGAGGCCCCGCGUCCGCGCCUGGGCGAGUUCGUGGGCGACCCGCGCCGCCAGGUGUGGCAGUGCCUGUGGGAGCUGCAGGACGGCCACGGGUGGCGGGAGGUGGGCCGCGAGCGCGUCGUGCCCGCCCCGGAGCCCGCCCUGCACCCGGUGGUGCCGGACCUGCCCAGCUCCGGGGUCUUCCCCACCCGGGAGGCCGCCCGCGCCGUUUUGGAGGCGUGUACAGCCUUCAUUCCGGAGGCCCGAGCUGUGCUCGACCUGGUUGAUCAGUGCCCGGAACAGGUCCAGAAGGGGAAGUUCCCCGUCAUUGCCAUCGAAGGACUGGAUGCCACAGGUAAGACCACUGUGACCCAGUCCGUUUCAGAGACGCUCAAGGCCGUUCUCUUAAAGUCACCACCCUCUUGCAUUGGCCAGUGGAGGAAAAUCUUUGAUGAUGAACCAACUAUCAUUAGAAGAGCAUUCUACUCUUUGGGCAAUUAUAUUGUGGCUUCUGAAAUAGCUAGAGAAUCUACGAAAUCUCCUGUGAUUGUAGACAGGUACUGGCACAGCACAGCCUCCUAUGCCAUAGCCACCGAGGUGAGUGGGGGUCUCCAGCACCUGCCCCCGGCCCAUCACCCUAUAUACCAGUGGCCGAGGGACCUGCUCAAACCCGACCUGGUCCUGCUGCUCACCGUGAGUCCCAAGGAGAGAAUGCACAGGAUCGAGGGCCGGGGCAUGGAGAAGACCAGAGAGGAAGCUGAACUGGAGACCGACAAUAUAUUUCGUCAAAAGCAGUGCUUUCAUCUUCACUGGAAAGCUCUGCACACAAUAGCAGGAGAGUCUGGACCAUCUUACUGCUUCAUGGCUGAAUAUGAGUCAGUUCUCUAGGACUGGUCUGAAAAGCCGAAACAGAAGACUUUAUAUCAUAUAAAUAAAUAACAGCUCUGCAGUGUACAAAGAAACCAUGUCAAGCAAUUUACUUGUAUUAAUUCACUUAGGCCCCAUGACAAACCUGGAAGGAAGGCGUUAUUUCAGUCUUCAUUUUGCAGCUGAGAAAGCCGAGGCACAGGGGGGAAAAGAAUGUGAGCAGUUCGCUUAGCCAUUCAGUGGUAAAGCAGAGCUGUGGAGCAGCCCAUCUAAUCUAGGCGCCUGCUGCCACCUCGGUGCCCAGGUGCUCCCGUGACACAGUCAGCACCAGUCAUUCCAAUCCAUCAAGGCUGGUAGCACAACGGGAGACGUGGAAUUUGGGUGAAAUAUUAGAAGACUCUCAAGUGAAAUCAACGUAUACACUGAGGACCUCUGGCUCGUCUGAAACCCUUCAGGGCACAGAUUGUGGAGAAAUUUACCAUUGGGCAAAUUACUUAAUCUCUUUGAGCCUCUGGCUACUUUCCCUGCAAAAUGAGGAUGACAGUGGUUUCCAUCCUAAGGUUGCUCUGAGUUUGAAAUGAGAAAAACUGUGCAGAAUGCUAAUGCUUGGCAGAUAAUGUGUAUUCAAUAAAUGCUAGCCGUUAAACAUUAUUAUUAAUGUAUCAUUUAUUAAACAAAAUGUAUCAAAUGUCUCCUGUGGGCAAAGGUAGUUGCCAGGGGGAGCAGCGAGAUCACCCAGCUGGGAACUGGCUUCAAGCUGUUGAUGUUCUGGUGGGAAAGGAACCUUUGCACGCAGAGCUGUGUUGAAAAGCAGGCCAACCCUUUUCCUUCUGCCUGU